GCACUUUUUGAAUGCAUCAAAGAUUGCUAUGAGUAUAGCUAGUCAGCUCGCUAUCUGAACGGUCGUGUAGUGUGCUCGCAGUCAGUGUUCGCCCUCGUUCGUCGUCGCGGAAGAGAACUCAGACUCUUUGCUCGCUCGUUACCACCCAUCAACCUGGUCUUCCGGAAGGACAAAAACCUCCAGCACCGAUCAACGGCGAAACAACACAGCGCACAGCUACAAAAUGCCAGGAUACAUGUUCAACAUCGACGGCGGCUACCUUGAGGGCCUGUGCCGUGGCUUCAAGUGCGGCAUCCUCAAGCAGGCGGACUACCUGAAUCUGGUCCAGUGCGAAACGCUCGAGGAUCUGAAGCUGCACCUGCAGGGCACGGACUAUGGCCAGUUUCUGGCGAACGAGCCGUCCCCGCUGGCGGUCUCGGUGAUUGACGAUAAGCUGCGCGAAAAGCUGGUCAUCGAGUUCCAGCAUAUGCGUAACCACGCCGUCGAGCCGCUGUCCACCUUCCUGGACUACAUCACCUACAGCUACAUGAUCGACAACAUCAUUCUGCUGAUCACGGGCACUCUGCACCAGCGGCCGAUCUCCGAGCUCAUCCCGAAGUGCCACCCGCUCGGCAGCUUCGAGCAGAUGGAGGCCAUCCACGUCGCGGCCACCCCGGCCGAACUGUACAAUGCCGUGCUGGUCGAUACGCCGCUGGCGCCCUUCUUCGUCGACUGCAUUUCCGAGCAGGAUCUGGAUGAGAUGAACAUCGAGAUCAUCCGUAACACGCUGUACAAGGCGUACCUGGAGGCGUUCUACGAUUUCUGCAAGAACAUCGGCGGCACCACCGCGGACGUGAUGUGCGAAAUCUUGGCGUUCGAGGCUGAUCGACGCGCCAUCAUCAUCACGAUCAACUCGUUCGGCACCGAGCUGUCGAAGGACGACCGCGCCAAGCUGUACCCGCGCUGCGGCCGCAUGAACCCGGACGGGCUGGCCGCGCUGGCACGUGCCGACGACUACGAGCAGGUUAAGGCCGUCGCCGAGUACUACGCCGAGUACGCGGCGCUCUUCGACGGCUCGGGCAACAACCCAGGCGACAAGACGCUCGAGGACAAGUUCUACGAGCACGAAGUGAAGCUGAACAUGUACGGUUUCAUGCAGCAGUUCCACUUCGGCGUGUUCUACUCCUACCUCAAGCUGAAGGAGCAGGAGUGCCGCAACAUCGUCUGGAUCGCGGAAUGCGUCGCCCAGAAGCACCGGGCCAAGAUUGAUAAUUACAUUCCCAUCUUCUAAGCAUCGGUUUGGAGUAGCGGAGCAGGGUGCCGUUGCUGCUAGAACUUCCCUUUUUCCUCUCGUGUUCAGGUGCGGAACCGUUACACCAACAGCUAAAUACACCCAUUCCGUGAACAAAUCAGGGAAGCGACAGUUGCACCGGCCUCCAUGGAAGAGGAGCAAAACAGAACAGCACAACACUCACUUUCGCGAUCCAGCCAUCACACACCAGAAGGCCGCCAUCCCCUCCCCCAUUCGUUGCAAUAAAACAACCCAACCAUCAACCCCGGGCACGGUCGGAGUACCAUCCGGUACUUUGACAAACGGUUCGGGUCUUCCCCAAGCCCGAACCCGCCACCGGCCAAAUUUCCAGCCGAAUCAAUCAACGAGCAAAUUUGUCGUGUAGUACAACAACCUGAUGUGCAAUGAUUAGUAACUUUCCGGCAGGCCGACCGACAUAAGAGUUUGUUUAAAAUCCAGCCCGUUAUGCCUUGGGAUCCCUCCGACAACUCGUCAUAUACUUUCUUCCGUUUGUGUUAGUUUUAACUGGAGACGCCCGUUGGUGCUAAAGAACCCGUUUCGUUCCAUUGUUUUUCCCGUUAUGUACUUUUUUUGUUGUUCAAAUGUUUUAUGCUUUAGGCAAAUAUGCAUUGCUAGUUUGUAAACGAUGUGUCGCAAAAUGUUGUACAGAAGAUUAGAGAAAAAGAGAAAAAAAGAGUUAUGUUAGGGAGCAUCAGAACAUGCCGAAAUGCGACACUUCUAUAAUAAAUAAUAACAACUGUAUUAUCCUGCUGGUAAAAAUAAAAUCACCGUAGUUAUC